CUCUCUCUCUCUUUCUCUUACCGCCUCAUCCGUCUGGAUCCCAGUCGUGUUGCUCUGUAUCCCAGUCGGGUCGCUUUCUCGUUUUCUGUUUGUUUCCUUUCGUACAACAUUGGCAGCAUCUCUUGAAUUUCAUGGCAGAGAAGGCACAUGUAAUGAAAGAGCUCAAUGAAAAAGUAUCUCUUACAGCAUCUAAAUUUUGGCCUCCAUACUAUGACGCUCAUCAGCUGAAACCAAAAGACUUAAAGGAGUUAUUGCCAGGCUUAAUUCCAGUGUUGCUUUCAGACAUGGCUUACGAUGAAUCACUUUUGGAUGAAAAGGAGGAUGAAUCUCAACCAGAUAUAGAUCAGGCACAUAGUGGUGACUUGUUUAAUGUGGGAAAUUUAAGAGCACGCAGUGUAAAAUUUAUUGGCGUUCUCUCUGAUUUAUAUGGAGAUGAUAUUCUUCAAACACUCAUGCCCCUUAUUGAGGUAAAAAUAUCAAAAUCUGAUGAUGAGACUUGGAAAGAAAGGGAAGCUGCUGUUUUUGCUCUUGGAGCUAUUGCUGAAGGAUGCUGUAAAUUUUUUUACACUCAUUUGUGUGAGAUUGUAGCAAUCCUUCUUCCUCUUUUAGAUGAUAAGUAUCCUCUCAUACGAAGCAUAUCGUGCUGGACACUUUCUCAAUUUGGCACAUAUGUUUUUAAGGAAGAUGAUGAUCUGAAGAAUUCUGAGCUAUUUGAGAAAGCUCUUAAGGGUCUUCUUCCCAAACUUUUGGAUACAAGCAACCGGGUCCAGAAGGCGGCAUGUCUAGCUUUGAUAACUAUUGAAGAGGAUGCUGGAGAAAACUUAGUGCCACACCUGAGUAUCAUACUACGCCAUCUAAUGCGCGCUCUUGAAAUGUAUCAGAGGCAGAACUUAAAGUUUGUUUAUGAUGGUAUUAGAGCACUGGCAGAUUCAGUUGGAAUCGAUCUGAAUGAGCCUAAUUAUCUUGAGAUUUUGAUGCCCCCACUGGUUUCAAAGUUGCAACAAACUUCAAGUUCAGAUAAAGAUGUAAUUCAUUUGCUAAAAUGCUUCACAUCCCUUUGUGAGGCUUUAGAAGUAGGAUUCGCUCCAUUUGCUCUGUCUGUUUUCCAGAUAAGCCUGGAUAUCAUCCAACAACAACAACUAGCUAAGGUUAACCAUGCUUUUGCUGGGGCUGAAUACGACAAAAGGAUCAUUGUUAGUUCUCUUGAACUUGUUUCUGGACUUGCUCAAGGACCUGGCAGUGGGAUAAAAUCUAUGGUUUCACAAAGUAAUCUACUGGACUUGCUUCUCAAGUGUUGCAUGGAUGAAACUCCUGAUGUCAGAGAAACUGCUUUUGCCCUUAUGUAUGAUCUUGUAAUGGUAUUUCCGCUUUAUCUACAACCCCGCGUGCCUGAGUUCCUCGUCAUCGCAAGCCAACAACUGAGUGGAAAUUUUACUGGAGAAAAUCUUGGUUCUGCGAACAAUGCUUGUAAAGCAAUUGGAGAAUUAGCGUUCGAGUUCGGUCAAGAAGUCUCACGAAUCGUGACCAAUGUCGUCUCUUCCUUAGGCUUGAUUCUUCAACAUGGAGAAGCAUUAGUUGUGAGGAGCGCAACUACACUACUUGAAUGCAAUACGAUUGACCUAACUGUGAACAGUGCAAUUACCCUUGGAAUACUAGCAUGGAUUCGUCCAGACCUCGUUCCACCACACAUGGAGUACUCUAUGAAGGCUUGGUGCAAGACAUUGGCAACGUUAGCUGAUGAUGACAUUACGAAAGAAGCUGCAUUUAGUGGGUUAUGUGAAAUGGUUAAAGCGAAUCCAUCAGUUGGCAGCAGCUCAGUUGCUUACAUAUGCUUAGCCUUUGCAAGCUGGGAAGAAAUAAGAAACGAGGACCUCCAAACCGAAUUCAUUCGAGUGCUGAACGGCUACAAAAGCAUGCUAGGAAGAAACUCAUGGGCUGAUUGUGUAUCUGGUUUGGAUCCUCUUGUUAAAGAAAGGCUUGCGAGGUGGUAUCGGAUGUGAGAUUGAUCGUGUACACUGAUUAGUCUCAACUCCGAGAGAUCUGCUCUGCUAAUUGAUGUAGCGGACAACAUGGUCUUGAUGGGCUUUAUCCGGUGUUUGCUUUUCCAUCAAGAAAGAGUCGGUGUUUAGUUUUUGUUUUGCGAUUUCGUUUAGAUUUGGAUAGACUUGAGUUUUUAUUUGGCUUUAUCUAUUUUCUUUAGGAUCAAGUUUCGUGAGUCUUUACACUUCUCUAUAAAUAGAGCUUGUGAUCACCUAUGUACCCCACCUUUGAAUUGAAUAAGAAAAAACUAAAAAAAGAGGCAAUUUAAAUUGCCCAU